UAAUAAUAAUUCAACGGCUUCUGGUGGAAGCCGGUCAUCAGUUCUACUGCGGUAUCUCACAGUUCGGGUUUUGUUCCUUGUUCUUUAUUGGCAAAAAUGUUGAUAGUCUUUACUUCCCAUACAUCGGGAAACAGGAGAUAAAUAUGACAUAAGAAAUGGUCACUAACAAUCACUACAAGGCUACAAACUAACAAACAAUGAUCUAGACUAGAAGACAGGGAGGAACCUUGAAGUACGCUGCUGUUAUAAUCGUCAUUUAACACAUAAUAAGGAAGGAUAGUGGUUAUUUAAGAACACUGAACGGGAAGAAGAGUUAUUCACAGACACUGGACGAGUAAUAAACAGUAAAGAUGAGAUAUAUUCAGGUGUGGGUACGUGGAGGAGCGGCAAUAUUCAUCAUCUACGUGGCGUGUGUGGCAAGGCUGGGCUCCUCCCUCUUCUCCUUCCAUCCCUUCCUCAUGAGUCUCGCUUUUACAGGUCUGAUGACAGAAGCAAUAUUUAUGUUCUCCAAGUUUGGGCUAGCAGAUGGAAAACUUCAUAGUGCAAAGAUAACUGCUCACUGGAUAGUAAUAUCACUGACAGCAGCUGCACAUGGUCUCGGCUUUGCGGCCAUAUACUACAACAAAGAGCUUGCCAGUAAACCUCAUUAUGUAUCCUGGCAUGGGUGCAUAGGACUUGCAGCAUCUACACUACUGUGGCUCCAGCUGAGUGUUGGAGUAUUUGCUAAGUACCCAAAGCUCCUGAAAAGUAUCAUGCAUGUUAAGACUGUGAAAGCCAAUCAUGGACUGUUUGGUAUGGUAACUUAUACAGCUGGUAUGGUAACAAUUUCACUUGGGCUAUGUAGCAUAUGGUUUCAAAGUAAUACUUCACAGCUGAUCUUUUAUUCAGCACUUUGCUUGCAUAUUUUGUUAAUGUUUAUAGUUUGCCAGAAGCUUAUUAUGAAGUAUGCUUGGGUAACUUCAUAAGCAGUAUUGAAAAUUAUGAUAGUUAUAAUAUACAGCUAGAAUUUAAAAAAAAAUCAUUAUUGUUCUUACAUCUGUAAUUUAAAUAUUUAUUCCAAUUAUACCUGAAGGAUAUAAUUUAAUAAUAGUAAAAAUACUGUUAUAUGGCAUUAUUUUGUAUUUUUGUACUAUAUGUAAAAAAUACUAUGGUUAUUCCUUUUAUUAUAAAAAUUCUAAAACAAAAUUGGAUAUAUUUAUGCUGUGCAGCUAUACUUACCUACAUGUGUGUGUUGAUUAUGUUAGAGCAAGAGUUAAAUAUAUUUACCUAACACCCAUCUUGUAGAAUUGAUUUUACUGUCAUACUCCAUACAGAGAGUUAAUGAAAUCUGUCAAACCGAGUUCAGCAGCUGACUGGAGCUGUCAAGGCUUUACUCUUUACCAUCAUCAUUAAAUGUAGUUUUAUAUCAUAUGAUCUAUCUUAUACUUUUUUUUUUUUUUUUUUUUUUUUAAUAAUGUCUGAGAGGUAUAGUGUAGUAAAUGUCUACAAGUGUAAAUGCUGAUGCUUGGGAACAUGUAGUAUAGUAUCAGACCUAGAUGGUGUAAAUUGUCACCUAAACAAUGACCAGUAAUUGGUGCUUGA